AUGGUGCAACCCUUGCUCCCUCUACUCACCCUACUCAUCUGCUACAUUCUCCUUCCUUCCCUUGCCAUCUCCAAUGCCGAUGCCGGACCGAGCAUGCAAUGGUGGUGCAGCCAAACCCCUUACCCAAACUCAUGCACCCACUUCAUGGGCCACUUAGCUCAUGCCAACCAUGUGGAAGAGAGUCACAUCCACCAUGUGUCAAUCAAAGUAGCCCUGGACCAUGCGGUGCAAGCUCGAGCCCGUGCGAUCAGACUUGGGCUCAUGUACCUUGACAAAAAUGAGCAGGCUGCAUGGUCCAAUUGCAUCGAGCUUUAUGAGGCCACGGUGCACCAACUCAAUCUCACGCUCAAACUCCAACCCUUGCAUCCAAAUUCACAUUUUGAUGAAUUCUCAUGGUUGGGUGCGGCACUCACGAAUCUUGACACAUGUCGCACCAGCUUCGCCGAGGUCAAUGUCUCAGGCUCCGGCAUUGAGCCAUUGCUAACCCAUGUCUCUGAGCUUAUAAGCAACUCACUAGCUAUCACAAGGUUAGCAAGGAGGAAUUUACAUGGGCCAGGAAUUAGCCCAAACGAUUCGAUAAGAUCGGGCCGUGUAUCCAGGCUGAGCAAUAGAAAAUUUGGCCCGUGGGCUGACCCAUAUCCCUUCCUACCAGUGGGACAUCAAGAAGAUAGCUAUAACAGAAGGUUGCCGGAUUGGGUGUUGCCUAAGGACAGAAAGCUCCUGGAGGUGUCUGAAAGAGAAGUGAAGGCGGACCUGGUGGUGGCUAAGGAUGGGACAGGAGAUUUUUCGAGCAUCAGCAAAGCGGUCGAUGAGGCUUCCAAGGGAAGUGGGAAUAAGAGGUUUGUGAUCUAUGUCAAGAAGGGUGUUUAUAAGGAGUAUGUGAAUGUUGGGAUGAGGAAUUUGAUGUUGGUGGGGGAUGGCAUUGGGAAGACUGUGAUCACUGGUAGCAGGAGCGCUGGGGGAGGAUCCACCACCUAUAAUUCAGCUACUUUUGCUGUAACAGGUGAGAGAUUCAUAGCUCGUGGAAUUACAUUCCGAAACACUGCAGGUCCAGCAAAGCAUCAGGCAGUGGCAUUGCGCUCGAGCUCUGAUCUUUCUGUCUUCUAUCAAUGCAGCUUUCAAGGAUACCAAGACACACUCUAUGCCCACUCUCUUAGACAAUUCUACAGAGAGUGUAAAAUUUAUGGCACUGUUGAUUUCAUCUUUGGCAAUGCUGCUGUCGUGUUUCAGAAUUGCAACAUCUAUGUGAGGAGGCCUAUGAGCCAACAAAAGAACACAAUUACAGCUCAAGGUCGAACUGAUCCAAACCAAAACACCGGAAUCUCAAUCCAAAAUUGUAGAGUUACAGCUGCAAAAGAUUUAAGGCCUGUGCGAAGCUCGUUCCAGACGUUCCUCGGGAGGCCAUUGAAGGAGUACUCACGGACGGUCUACAUGGAAACUUAUAUGGAUGACUUGAUCUCUCCAGCAGGAUGGCUGGAAUGGAGUGGUGAUUUUGCUCUGGAGACAUUGUUCUAUGGGGAGUUCAGGAACACGGGGCCUGGUUCCAAUACCUCAAAGAGAGUUAAGUGGGGAGGCUACCAUAUUAUAACUGAUCCAUCAACAGCUUUGGAGUUCACUGCAAGAAUUUUGAUAGCAGGAGAAAUGUGGUUGCCAUCCAGUGGUUUACCCUUCAAGUUGGACUUGUGAUUUGGUUCAGGGCAAGCUCUUUGUUCGAAAACCAAACAAUCAAAAUGCAUAUAUCUUGUGAAAAAGGUCUAAUAUCUGUAAAUUUAUAAAGAGGAUUCACUU